AACGGAAGUCUCUGCUCACACAGGGGGAGGGCAAACAAGAUGGCGGCGCCCAGCACCCGGUGAGGAGAGAGGGCACGGCGAUCCCGGGGAGCGGCCAGAUUCGUGCGUUAUGGCCGCAUCCCCUCAUACUUUCUCCUCACGCCUCCUGACAGGUUGGGUAGGAGGAUGUGUCUGGUAUCUGGAAAGAAGAGCUGUACAGGAAUCCCCUCACAAGUUUAUGCACCUUUUCAGGAAUGUCAAUAAGCAGUGGAUUACAUUUCAGCACUUUAACUUUCUCAAACGCAUGUAUGUGACACAACUGAAUAGAAGCCUCAACCAGCAAGUAAAACCUAAGCCAGAACCAGUGGCAUCUCCUUUCCUUGAAAAAACAUCUUCUGGUCAAGCCAAAGCAGAACUAUAUGAGAUGAGAUCUCUUUCACCCCCCAGCCUACCUUUAUCCAGAAAUCCAAGUGAAAAGCAACUAAUAGGACUAGAGUCUGCCUCCAUCGUUGAAAGCCCAGCAGAUGUGGGGAAAGAGACAAAAGAAGAAAAGCAGUGGAAAGAGAUGAAACUGCAUAUGGAUGAUUUACCAGGAAUUUUGGCUCGUCUCUCCAAGAUCAAACUCACAGCUCUAGUUGUAAGUACCACUUCAGCUGGUUUUGCAUUGGCUCCAGGACCUUUCGACUGGCCCUGUUUCCUGUUCACUUCUCUUGGAACGGGACUCGCAUCCUGUGCUGCCAACUCCAUCAAUCAGUUUUUUGAGGUGCCCUUUGACUCAAACAUGAAUAGAACAAAAAACAGACCUCUGGUUCGUGGACAGAUCAGCCCGUUGCUAGCUGUGUCCUUUGCCACUUGUUGUGCUGUUCCAGGAGUUGCCCUUCUCACCUGGGGAGUGAAUCCACUCACAGGAGCCCUGGGUAUCUUCAACAUUUUCCUGUAUACCUGCUGUUACACACCACUAAAGAGGAUCAGCAUUGCCAACACAUGGGUCGGAGCUGUUGUUGGGGCUAUCCCACCUGUCAUGGGCUGGACAGCGGCGACUGGCAGCCUGGAUGCUGGAGCCUUUCUUCUGGGAGGAAUCCUCUACUCCUGGCAGUUUCCUCAUUUCAACGCCCUGAGCUGGGGCCUCCGUGAAGACUACUCCCGGGGAGGCUACUGCAUGAUGUCAGUCACUCACCCGGGCCUGUGCAGGCGUGUGGCACUGCGCCACUGCCUGGCUUUGACUGGACUGUCAGUGGCUGCCCCAGUCCUGGACAUCACCACGUGGGCCUUCCCCAUCAUCUCUCUCCCCAUCAACCUGUAUAUUGCCUACCUCGGCUUCCGGUUCUACGUGGAUGCAGACCGUAAGAGCUCCCGGAGACUGUUCUUCUGCAGCCUGUGGCACCUGCCCCUCCUCCUGCUGCUCAUGCUCACCUGUAAACAGCGGCCAGGCAGGAAAGGAGACACAGGAGACGCUCAGAGUUGAAAACAAAUGGGCAUUUGGGGAGAAAACAAAAAGCAUACAGAGAGACGCACAAUUCUUUCCCCUUUGCUGUUAGGCAAGAAUAUUUUGGUAAUUCUGGAGCAUGAGAAAUCACUGGUUUUAGUACAGGAUUAUAAAGUAAUUUGGUGCUCAGUGAUCACUUAACAGUUUUUUAAUUUAUGAUAUCCAAAAAUGCCCCCCAAUAAGAAAUGGGUUGGCUCAGUUAAUAUAGAGAAAGAUUAUUUUUCUUUUUGAGAGUCUUUAUACAUCUUCUCCCCCAACCUCACCACAUGUUUUCUUCUCCUUCACAGGGGCAUCUUCCUUUUCUAACUCUUCCCACACACGCACAAAAACACUCCCCACUGCUGGCCAGGGUGGCAGUUGGUGGUUAGAGGAGGUGGGCACUCGUAACCUGACCUCUAUAAUUCUUUGUCCUCAGGGCCCUGCAGGGGCACCUCAAAGGAAAUAUCCACUGUGGUCAAUACGUCCCCUUCCCUGCAUUUGAGCCAAGGCCCCAUUCUUUCUUUCUUUACCCCACACAUACUUUCAACUGCAUAUUCCAUCAAACAACUCACAGGAUAGGCUGCUGUACAACAUCAGGAGGGAAGAUUCCAAACAGUUGCACAAGAAAUUGCAGACUGGACUACCAGCCCCUGCCUUCCCCACACACCACCACUACCAUUAUUGAGAAACUUCAGGGAAUCAAAGGCAUCUUUAUAGUUCACUUUAAAAUACAGGCUCCAUCAGAAAUACUUUUUUCUAGAAGGGUAGCUAGCACUCCACUUAAUUCCAGAAAUCUCUCUGGCUCUUAUCCCAUGACUGUACCUCUUAGUUCGUACUGUGGAACAUCACCCUCUCUUUGCUGCACAGCAUUCUCAGGCUGUGUGAGAAAGGAAGGUGGAAAAAAGGGUAAGCUAGGAUAAUGGCCCACAUAGCUCACAUUCUUUUCCCUUUAGUGGAAACCACAUUUCCAUCCCGGUACCUCCUGAGUUCAGAAAUUAGCCUUUACAUGUACAAUGGCUUUGAGAGCUGGAAGCUCGUCUGGGCUCCCAGUGGGGAUGGUUCCAGUUCUGGGAGUUUUGUGAGUUAACCUGUAGCCAGGUGUGGUCUCAGGUACUGACCACAGUCACAGUCAAUCUUUAGUCCUUCAUGUGCUCCCCUGGUUCUCAUAGACCCCCAGUUGUCCAAGGUCAUGGACCAUGGCAGGAUGUUUUAAUUACUCAGUCUCUCAGGGCAUUGUUGCCCUAUAGAGAUUGAUUCAAGGGGUUAAAGCAGCAUUCUAAAAGUCAUUACACUAUGACUGUUCUCCUGGAAAUGUCUAGGGCUGGGGAUGUAGCUCAGUGGUAAAGCACUUGCUUAGCAUGCACAAAGUCCAGGGUUCAAACAAUAACUGCAAGAAAAAAAGAAUAGAAAAUGUCUAAAGUGAUUGCAAAAAGCAUCUGAUCCCUGUUUCUACUUACCUGAAAUAUUACCUCUUGACUGUAUCCAGGUUAUUUGACUAUGGGGAACAUGGCAUAGGAAUGUUUGGAAAGAGCAUCUACAAUAAAACAUAUAUAAGAACAGGAGCAUGUGUGCUGUAACAUUAUUUUAUCAUCUUGCACCAAGUUUCACAGUUUCUGGUACUGCUGAACUCCCUUGUGAACUAAUGGAAGGUUACACAGCAUAUACAUAUUCAUUUAUUUUUUGUUGUAAAUGGAUAAAUUUUAGUUGUAUAUAUUUAAGAAGUACAAAGUGAUAUGGUUUGUGAAUACAGUAUGGAAAAACUAGAUCAAACUAACAUCUCAAAUACUUAUUUUUUGUGGUGAGAACAUUGAAAUUCCCUCAGUGAUUUUGAAAUCUACAUUAUUAUUUACUGUAUUUACCAUACUACUUUAUAUUGCAAAGAAAAAAAAUACUCUUCCUGUCUAAUUGAAGCUCUGUAUACUGGCCAUUAUCUCCUGUGCCCCUCAUCCCUUAAUCUCAUUCUACUCUCUGCCUCUUUGAAUUUGAUUGUUUGAAUUCCACAAAUAAGUGAGAGCAUGUGGUAUUGGUCUUUCCUUGUCUGUCAUGUUUUACUUAGCAUAAUAUUCUCUAAUUCUGAAAUCCAUAUUGUUGAAAAAGACAGGAUUAUGAUUUUCAUGGCCGAAUAGUAUUCUAUUGUGUAUAUAUACAUGUAUUUUCUGUCUAUUCAUUCAUCCUUUGAUGGAUACUAAUAUAGUUUGAAUCUGUAAUGCCCCUGAAAGGCCCACAUGUUAAAGGCUUAGUCCCUAGGGUGAUGUUCUUGAAAGGUGGUGGAAACCUUUAAGAGAUGGAGUCACUUGGGCUUCUGGUCACUGGGAAUAUGUCCUCAAAGGGAAUAGUGAGACCCCAGCCCCUCCCAUCUCUCUUGAUUCCCUGGCCAUGAGGCGAGAAGGUGUGUUCUGCCUCACAC